UCCCAAUCACCAGUAUUUCCUCUCCUUGUCGGACAAAUACCGCGCAGUUUCACGUUCCCUCCAUCUCAGCCAGCUGUUUCUUCUAGAGGAAUAAACAAGGGCAUUUCUUUAUUACCACCACACAACAUUUGUAUAUCUUGGAGUUUUGGCUGCUUAUACGUAUUUGUAUAUAGGUUAUAUAUAUUUUUCCUCAUCUGGUUGAAUUUCCUCUGAGAUGGAAGUGAGAUGUCGUCCAACGGUGAUGUGUUGUGUUCUUGCCAUCCUCUGCUCUGUGGUUCCCCGGUCGCUGGAGUCUCUUUACAGGGACAGGCAGUACCUGAACGAGUGGGCUGUGGAGAUCCCAGGCGGACUGGCCGCUGCGGAGGCGAUCGCCAGGGAGCUGGACUACGAACUGGUCCGACAGAUUGGGGCCCUGGAAGACCAUUUCUUGUUCAAACACCGCAAUCAUCCUAGCAGAAUGAAACGAAGUGCCAACCACGUCACCAGGCAGCUCUCGGAGGAUGAUCGGGUGCUGUGGGCAGAGCAGCAGUACGAGAAACGUCGCAACAAGCGAGCGUCCCUAGGGGGGUGCAGGGAUUGCCCGGUGGAUAAGCUGUUUGAUGAUCCCAUGUGGAACCAGCAGUGGUACCUGCAAGACACCCGGACCUCCUCCUCGCUGCCGAAGCUGGACCUGCAUGUGAUCCCCGUGUGGCAGAAAGGCAUCACAGGGAAAGGAGUGGUCAUCACCGUUCUGGAUGACGGGCUGGAGUGGAACCACACAGACAUCUACUCCAACUACGAUGCAGCAGCCAGCUACGAUUUCAACGAUAAUGACCCAGACCCCUUCCCCAGAUAUGACUCCACUAAUGAAAACAAGCAUGGGACCAGGUGUGCUGGAGAGAUCGCUAUGCAGGCAGACAACAAUAAGUGUGGGGUUGGAGUGGCAUACAACUCCAAGGUUGGAGGGAUUCGUAUGCUGGAUGGGAUUGUGACCGAUGCCAUUGAAGCCAGUUCUAUUGGGUUCAAUCCAAACCAUGUGGACAUCUACAGCGCCAGCUGGGGACCCAACGAUGAUGGCAAGACAGUGGAAGGCCCUGGCCGCCUGGCCCAGAAGGCUUUUGAGUACGGCAUCCAGAAGGGCCGCAGUGGGAAAGGCUCUAUCUUUGUUUGGGCAUCAGGUAAUGGGGGCCGUCAGGGCGAUAACUGUGACUGUGACGGCUACACAGACAGCAUCUACACUAUCUCAAUCAGCAGUGCCUCCCAGCAGGGCUUGUCCCCUUGGUACGCUGAGAAGUGCUCCUCCACUCUGGCUACAGCGUACAGCAGUGGAGACUACACCGACCAGAGGAUUACGAGUGCUGAUCUGCACAAUGAGUGCACUCAGACUCACACUGGAACAUCAGCCUCUGCCCCGCUGGCUGCUGGGAUAUUUGCCCUGGCUCUGGAGCAAAACCCGGAUCUAACCUGGAGAGACCUGCAGCACAUCGUAGUGUGGACCUCUGAGUUUGAUCCUUUGGCCAAUAAUCCAGGCUGGAAAAGGAACGGAGCAGGACUGAUGGUCAACAGCCGCUUCGGCUUUGGCCUUCUGAAUGCGAAAGCCCUGGUGGACCUCGCUGACCCGGCCACCUGGAAGCAUGUGCCUGAAAAGAAGCAAUGUAUCGUCAGGGAUGAUUCUUUCCAGCCAAGGGAGCUGAAGGCAGCAGGGGAGAUCACUAUAGAGAUUCCAACCAAAGCCUGUGCGGGGCAGGAGAACACAGUCCGCUCAUUGGAGCACGUGCAGGUGGAGGCCAGCAUUGAAUACACCAGGAGAGGAGAUCUGCACAUCACACUCACCUCCCCAGCUGGUACCAGUACUGUGCUGCUGGCUGAGCGAGAGAGGGACACGUCUUCUAACGGCUUCAGAAACUGGGACUUCAUGUCUGUCCAUACGUGGGGAGAAGACCCAGCUGGUACAUGGACGCUAAAGAUCACAGACACUUCAGGCCGUAUGGAGAACGAGGGUCGGAUUUUGAGUUGGAAGCUGAUUCUUCACGGAACAUCGGAGAAGCCAGAGCACAUGAAGAAACCUAGAGUGUACAUUCCCUACAACGCUGUGCAGAACGACAGGCGCGGUGUAGAACAUAUGGAUGACAUGAUGGAGGAGCCCACAGAGGCCCGUCCACCUCCUAAGACAGAAACUGCACAAGCUUCUCCCUCUUCCAACCCAGAGAAGGUGCCCAAAAAGUUAUCAAAUUCACCCUAUUCCCCCUCUCUGGCCCUGCUGCGUCUCCUGCAGACAGCCUUCAACAGGCAGACCCCAGCCCUGCAGCAGCCCCAGGCCGUAGCCAGGGCUUCCUCCUCCAUCUGGAGGAAGCAGCAGCAGCAACUGGACAGGAGCCGCUCUCCUCCUGCUACAAGACUUCCCCCUCAGAAGCUGUACCAGGCUCUGGACAUGAUCAACAAGUACCGGGGCCCGGAGGACAGUGUCUACAGUGACUACAGCGAUGGCUUCUAUGGCACCAAGCCGUACAGGCACAGAGAUGACCGACUGCUACAGGCCCUAUUUGAAAUGAUAGAUGAUGACCGCAAGUGAAGGCGAGAGGAGAGGAGAGGAGAGGAGAUAUAUAUAUAUAGGAUAAGGGGGUAGCAUGGUUAUGUGUUGGUUGGGGAGCAGAGGAACAAGGCGAAGAGAAGAGAGAUAGUGGAGGGAUGGGAUGAGGCACGGGAGGAGUGGAGGAGAAGAGAAGAAAAGGAAAGAAAACUCUUCCACUCGGUUUUAGUUUUCCCCCAAAAUGCUGCACAUCGGAUCUCUUCAUCACCAAUCACCAUUCAUUAAUUAUUCCUUUCACUCUGUCAUGGGAAAUUGACACAGUUCACAUAUGAGUCAAAAACAUGGACUUGUUUAGAGCCUCUCUGGUACAUCCUGUAUGUCCAUGUAGUGAAAGCAAAGCAUUUCAACUGUAACAAAAGGAGGGGAAAGCCUUGUCUCUCUUCUCUUCAAUGCCUGCUCACGCAUGCCACCUUUAGAAUAUAACUUUUGUAUUAGUAUCUAUAUAUUAUCUAUAUAUUAUACAAAGACAAUGAUUGUAAUAUGGUUUUGAAAACACUUGACAUCUAAAAUCUUCACUUUCAAAAGUCCAUUUUCUAUUUAUACUUUUGCAUUUUUCAUAUGUCCUUUGUCUUUUUCUUUUUUUCAAUAUGUUUCACACUAAUACAUAUGUCAUCUACUUACUUUAUUCUCUUUAGAAGACAAAUUGAUUCUUAAGAAAUUGAAGUCAUUAAAUUAGAGUCAGCAUACAUUCAAAACAAAACAAAAUUUGAAAUUGACCAGCUGUUUGAAAAGUUUAAACAUGGUGACAAAAGAUUUAUUCUCAGGGUGUCAACAAAGCUCAAGAGAGUAAAAGAAUUGUAUUCUGGACUGUAAGUAUUAAGAGAAAUAUAUUUAUUGUGACAGAUUAUUUAAUAUAAAAGUAUGCAGAUGAAACAGUACAUUUGUACCAAUACACUAUUAAAAAUAGAGAAAACAAAAAAACCUCAACUCUGCUGAGAAGGAGUGACAGAAGGAGCACAGUCGUCUUUCAGUUGGAGUAGAGAUACAUUCAAAGUAGAAAAAAAAAUAACAGAUGAAUCUUCUUCUUGUGCAAUUUGUUUAAUUUUGUAUAAGUACAAUGCUGCAUUAAAUGAAAUAUUUUUCUAAGGAUCCUCAUAGUUUAUGGAAAUAAUAUAUACAGUAUCAAACCCUUGAACAGUUUAUUUUCUCAUGGCACAGUUCACUCAAUAACUGCAAAGACAGUGUAGUUAUCACGACUACCAAUAAACACUGCCAAAAUCUUUGCCGUCAAAAAGCUUCUGUGUAUUCAGUGGCGAACAUGUUGUUUGUUCAUCACCUGUAAUAUGCCAACGACAAAGAGUUCCUCAAAUCUUAAGUGAGAUUAUUGCUUUAUUAUUUGCAGCUGAACCACUUCUCUGGUAUUAAUUUAUUUGGUAUUAAAGGACCUAUCACAGCUGAACACGAACUGUAGUAUGGGGGCUCUGCACUGCAAUCUUCAAGCAGACUCAUCUUGAACGCCUUAAUAUAUGCUGUAAUAAAUGUGCGUACUCAUCUCCACGUGGUGUAGAUCAAUUUACAGAUGCUAGUCUUAAGUGUUGAUGAAGCCUCUAUGCAGAGUCUCUGUCCUCCAGCUCGGAACUGCCUGCCCCGCCUCUCUGCCAACAAGGUGACAGGAGAAAGAAGAUGUUUGGGACAACGCUUUACAUGCACCCUGUAAUUUAUCCAUUCUUUAGAGUAGCCCGUGCUGUUUUCUUUUUGUAUGUUUCGGACUGAUGUUUCAGUCCAAAGUUGUUUACACAAACCAAUAUUAUGUUGCAAUUUCUGUAUGGAUGUAUAAAAAAAAAAAAAUGAUUUAUCGUAAUAAACUGCAAAGUGAC